AGAAACUCAGAAACUCAGAAACUCGGAAACUCAGAAACUCAGAAACUCGGAAACUCGAAAAGUCGGAUGUCGUUUCAGUGCUUCCAUACUAUGAUGAUACUAUCCAGAUUAUAUUAUAGAGUCUAGAGUCGAGAUCAGUGCUCUUGAGAUUGUCAGUCAAAUUUGGAAAUCCGCAGUUGGGGCAGCACGAUCUCAGGAUUGCGCAAAUUCCAAGUUUGGGUACAACAACUACAACGUUCAAAGGCUGGUUGUGCUGUUUACCGUGAUUCUAAGGAUGGAAGACGCAACAAAAACAAAAACAUCAUUAUUUCCUGCAUUCAGCAGUGGUUUAUCUCAACAUCUAAUAAGUAUAGAUUCUGACACUUCUGACACAAAAUGUGAAUUGAGCUGGCUUCACAACCCAAGUUUUGCAGAAGAAAGCCUGAGCAAGAUCAAAUACAGUCAGGAUAAUAUCAGUGAAGACAGAAUCUCAGAUGAGCAGAAUAUUGAUGUUACAUCCAAGACAGCUGAAGGUUAUGACACUACAAAACGCAAACCCACAAAGUUAAAGAAGGCAAGAGAAGAGAGUGAAAGUGAACUAGUUGGCAAGCAUGAUACAGUAGUGCGAAGUAGAAGAGAGGACAAUGGAAGAAGUAGAAGAAAUCGGAGCUCUGAUUCUGAUAGUUCCAGUGAUCGCAGUGUAAGUAGAAGAUCAAAGAGAGGCAAGACUAAAAAGAAGCACAGACACAGUCACAAGAAGAAGAAACGGAAACACGGUCGCACUAAUGGAAGUGACGAUGAAGACAAACACCACAAGAAGAAGAAAGAGAAAGAAGACAAAGAAGAGACACGCUUACCCAGUGGAGCGUCCAAGAUGGUCUUCCUUGAGGAGGUGGGCGUACAGCCGGAGCACGCAUUCCGAAUCGACCGCCAGCGAGACAUGAACAAUCUAAGGUGCGGCUCGAUCUACAAGGCUCACGUCUCCCGGUACUGGCCGACGCGCGCACACCGCAGUCUCGGCAUGGACGACGCGACGCGGCGGUUGUUUGCGUUGCCGGCAACGCGGCCGAUGCGGUACUGCGACCGCGACGUAGCGCGAGCGGUGAGGCGCGAGCGUUCGCUCGACCUCUCGCGGCCUGCGUCCGCCGCACGGUCACCACCCGACACCGCCGCCGGAUUCAUCCCCGUCGUCGCUUCCACCGCGCGGGUUCCCGGCGUCGAGCUUCCCGUUGCCGUGGCGUCGCAUCUCGUUCCUCAGCUUCCCGUUACCGCGGCGUCGCAUCCCGGCGUCGGGCAUCCCUUUGCCGCCGCGUCGCAUCCCGUUACCGUGGCGUCGUAUCCCGUUCCUCAGCUUCCCGUCGAGGAGAUCCCGCUUCCCGUGGACGCGAUCCCGCUUCUGGGCUCGUCGCUCCGGGUUCUCGGCGACAAGGACUCUCUCGGCAUUAUCGAUCGCGCGACGCAGGCGUACGUGCACGGUGGCGUCCCCACUGAGGUCGUCGAUGAUGAGGGCGCCGGCAUCGGCGUCGUUGAGGGCGUGUCGGACGAGGUUGGUCGCCGCGUAGCCAAGUACAACCGGAGGCUGCGCGAGCAUCCCGAGGAUGCGGACGCGUGGCUCGAGUUCCUGAGCUUCCAGGACGAGCUGCUGCGCGAUGCGGCAGCGGCCGGAGGCGGACAAAGGGCGCCACCGCGGCGUGCGGUGCUGGAGAAGAAGAUGGCGAUCGUGGAGAAGGCGCUCGGGGCGGUGCCGCGGGCUGCGGCCGUGCCGCUACACGUUGCUAAGCUGGACAUCGGUGCCGAGCUGUGGGAGAAGGAGCGACUACUGAAGGAGUGGGAGCGGUUCAUAUUCGUUCAUCCCAACGAGGCGCGGCUGUGGCAGGAGUACCUCAUGUUCCGGCAGUCGCACCUGAAGACGUUCACCUUCUCGGCAACGUUUGCGAAGUACGGCAAGUGCCUGCAGACGCUGAACGCCAUCCAGGAGCGAACGUUCACGUCUCACCAGCCGCUGCCGCACACGCCGGAAUACAUGCUAGUCCGCUACUACCUCCCGAGACACGGCCUCGGCACCACUCGCCAGCACAGCCCGCCUGUCGCUUGUUUCCAGGCCCUCGUCGAAUACAACUGCUUCUGUCCCGAGAGUCUAGCUCACUCCGUCUCGUCUCAAGCUCUUGUCGCAUUCUUCGAGACGUUCUGGGACAGCGGCGUUUCCCGUAUUGGGGAGGACGAUGCACCUGGCUGGGCACAGUGGAUGCAGAACAAGAGUAGUGGAGCACCACAGGAGGAGACGCCGUUGCCAGAAGAAGAGGAUUCUUCCGAAGAGCAAGACAGACUCGAGGACAAAAUCAUCGGCGAGCAGCCGCCCGCAUGGCGUGCGUGGACGGCGAUCGAGCGCCUGCGCGAGUCGCGCAACUGGUUGCCGUGGCGACCCGGCGGCGGGCGCUCGGUCGACGACUGCGAGGACCCGGACCGUCUCGUGCUUUUCGACGACGUCUCGGCGAGUCUCUUCCGUCUCGACCGCGAGACGCUACGCUUCGAGCUCGCCUCGCACUUCCUCGAAUUCCUCGGCGCACAUCCGGAGCCGCUGCACGCGUCCUCGUCCCGCCAGGAGCGCCGCCGCCGCCAGGUGGCGUCCACGAGCCCCUCAGACGUCCUCGACGUCCCGGACUCUGCCGCAGUGCUGGUCGCGCCAUCUAGCGAGGCGCUAGCGGGCGGCGCCGCGCGCAUCCGUAACGCCUUCGCGCAGCUGCUGCCGCGGUUUGCCGCGCCGAAUCUGCGGUCUGCGCUGACGCGGGCGUGGCUUCGCUUCGAGGUCUCGGCAGCGGGUGGGGUCGUGGGGAGGUCGCGCGCGCGGGAGGCGCGGCGGCGCGCGCGGGAGCUGCUUCGCGAUGACCCGGCGUGCCGCAACGACGUCUCCCUCUACGCGCUGUACGCGCGCUUCGAGUGGUCGCUCGGCAACCGCGGCGAUGCGCGACGCGUGUUCGACACGGCCGUCGCCACGGUGACGCGCGCGCACGCCGGUGCACAGCGGCAGGAGCUCGGCGCACUCUACAGGACGUACGCCGAACUCGAGCUCGGGAUUGAGACGGGCGCCGACGGCAUCGGCGAGCGCGCAGCGAGGGCCGAGACGGGUGACCGCGAGAAAGCGACUGCGCUGCUCGCCGCUCUAGCCGACGGCGGCCACGCGGGGGCGCCAGUAUCGCCGACGCGGACGCUGAAGUGCCAGCGGUGGUACGCGAGCGAGGUCGCUGUGGCGACGACCCAGCACGACCCCAGCGGGGAUUUUGCAUCGUCGUACGUGUCCGACGUCGUCUGCUGCGCCGGAUACUUCCUCUACCUGACGCAGGGCGUCGUGGCCGCGUGCGCGCACUUUGAUGACAUCAUCGCCGCGCUGCGAAGUGAGUGCCGCGACGGCGACGACGAUUCCUUGUUUGAUCCGGGUCGUGACUCAGCACGGCGCCACCUGGAGGCGGUGAUGGCGUCGCACGUGUCGCUGCUGACGUACCAUGUGCGAACUAGCGUGGCGCCACUGCGACGUGUCCGUGAAGUCCUACAGGUGGCGCUAGUGGAGUUUCCAGACAACACGCAGCUGCUUCAGAUCUUUCUGAAGCUAGAGGAGCGAUCGCAAAUUGCUGGGAGGUUGCGGAGGUACUUUGAUCAUGUUUGUCCAAAGUCCAACACAAUCGUACCCUGGGUGUAUGCCAUCUAUGCAGAGCUGAGCAGGCAAAAGCUGAAGGCAGUUAUUUCCGACCAGGAUGAGCCGGGCAUGCAGGGUGCGACGUACAAUCGUAUAAGAAGCCUGUUUGAGAGAGCCGUCGCAUCGAAAGUCUGUCAGCAUUUGAUUCUCAUGUGGAGAAUGUACAUGAGCUUUGAGAUACUGCACGGCAGUCAGCGGAGUGCACAGCAGUUAUUCUACAGAGCAAUUGCUGAAUGCCCCUGGGCUAAGGUUCUCUACAUGGACGGGAUCCGCUACUUUCCUGACGAGUUUGAGGACAUCACGGACCUGAUGGUGGAGAAGGAGGUGCGCAUGCGCGCGCCAACGGAGGAGAUCGAGUUGCUUCUACACAACGCAGCUAUCGAAGAAGAACCCAGCAAUGCCAAAGAGGAAGCCGGCAAUGUGGGAGAUGAAGUUAGCAAUGCCAAAGAUGAAGCUGACAAUGUGGGAGAGGAAGCUAGUAAUGUGGGAGAAGAAGCUAGCAAUGUGGGAGAGGAAGCUGGCAACACUGACAAUGCAGGAGAGGAAGCUAGCAAUGUGGAAGAGGGAGCCAGUAAUAUGGGAGAGGAAGCUGGCAAUGUUGGAGAGAAACCCAGCAAUGCCAAAGAGGAAGCCGGCAAUGUGGGAGAGGAAGCUGGCAAUGUGGGAGAGGAAGCUGGCAAUGUGGGAGAGGAAGCUCGCAAAGUGGGAGAGGAAGCCAGAAAUUCGGAAGAGGAAGCUGGCAAUGUGGAAGAGGAAGCUGGCAAUGCUGACAAUGCAUUAGAGGAAGCCAACACUGCUGGCCAUCCACGAGAGAAAGCUAAUCAAUGCUAGCAAUUUUGCAAGAGGAACCCAGUCAUGUAAGAGAAGCUUCCCUGCAGUGCUGGAGGGAAUGCGAGAGCGAUUUCCAGUGAUAAAAGAGACGUGUGAAGUCCCAGAGACACUGCAGAGGAAGCUAACAACAUUAGAGUAGACAAAAAAGAGGUUGUAGAGGAAACCUAAGAUGAAUGUGGUAAAAGUUAAAGAUGUCAUGUGUGAUUUUUUCACUUGCUGCAAGCUAAUGCGUUAGGUGUAGUUGUCAUCUAAGAGCAAGGUAGUUCAGCAAGGUAUAGCAGGGCGUUGUCAUCGUAAAUCUCAAGCUCUUUUGGUCUCAGCUCUACCUACGACCUGUUGUAAAGUUUGCUAUAUUAUGCAGGGGCCCGUUGUCAGAAAACAAAUUAGUCUUAACAUUAGUCUUAACAUAAACUUUUUUCUCUUAGACUGUCGACAGAAACGCUGCGAAGUUACGAGAAUGAAAAAUCGUAGCAGAUUUUCUCAUAACAAUACGAAACAAAGUGCUGUCGAUGGUCUACGAGAAAAUGUUAGUGUUAAGACUAAUGUUAAGACUAAUUUUAUUUCUGGCAACUGGCUCCAGGUGGCUAUGUAACGUUGUGUACGCCAUACAACACAGAUAAGCUAGAAAACGAUGACGACGCAAUAUUUUGUUACAAAUAAACGUUUGAUAUGAAUUUUAUUUUAACAUGAAUCAAUUUGCAAUAUA